UUGAGAUCGGGACGUGUCGCCUAUUUUCGGGAAUUGCCGAAUAUAGUUACGUGUAAAACUCCUCAUCCACAAAAAAGUACAUUUUCAGUGACGGUAUUUUUUUUUCGUGAGUGUUUUGUUUCGUGCCACAGUGUAAUGUGAACGAGGUCCGUGAACACUUUGGGAUUUAAUUUGAAGGAAGUACAUUUUAGCGAGUGGGGCAGUUCAUCCGAAACAGCACUGUUUCGGAUUAAAUUUUGACGACAGAUAAAGUAGCUAUCGCCACUACGGCGAGUGUUGCCAGUUACGUAUUGUCUUGCGAGAAGUGCCGCGUCUGUGAUGUUGUUCGUAAAAGCCGAUAAUAGUGGAUAUUGCCGAGAUGAGGAUGGGCCGUAAAAUUGAUACCGGGAACGGACUCAACAUGCUGAGAGUGGUCUAUACUGCUUUGCUCUUAUGGAGGUUCGACUGUGUUGUUGAGAGCACCAAAGUGGUAAAAAGCAGCAUGCGGCAUCAAACUACGUCGCCACUGAGCAGGGUCGGGCCCACGGUUUCCCUGCGCGAUGCUGAGCCAGACUUCAUCAAGCCCAUACAGAAUGUCACUGUUGCUCUAGGCAGAGAGGCUGUUCUUACCUGCUCAGUGUCCGACAUUGGAGAGUAUAAGGUAGCGUGGAUUCGAUCCGACGACCAGACAAUAUUAACCCUUCACACGCGGCUGGUGACCCAUAGUUCACGGUACGCGGUCACGAACGACCCCCCCAACUCGUGGCAACUACACAUACGGCCCCUAAAGGUGGAAGACAGAGGUUGUUAUAUGUGCCAGAUUAAUACUAGCACUAUGAAGAAGCAAAUUGGUUGUGUUGAUGUUUUAGUGCCGCCAAACAUCGUGGAUGUGGGUACAAGCGGAGACCUGGUGGCGAAGGAGGGAGAAAACGCUAGUCUGUCCUGUAGAGCUGAUGGUAGACCACAGCCGCGGAUCCUAUGGCGGCGAGAGGAUGGCACCAACAUACUGCUGAGGAACGAACUUGGAGAACUACAUAAAGUGGAUAUGUUUAUGGGCCCCAACCUUAAUCUUACGAAAGUGGAGCGCAGACAAAUGGGCGCGUAUCUUUGCAUCGCGUCUAAUGAUGUCCCUCCGUCAGUCAGUAAACGGAUCAUGCUCAGUGUCAACUUUGCGCCCUCAAUAGUGGUGUCGACCAAAGUGAUAGGUGUCCCGACGAGCUCUCAUACGAGACUGGAGUGUUUCGUCGAGGCGUACCCGCAUGCGAUCAACUACUGGCUCAAAGGAGGAGAAGAGAUGAUAAUCUCGGACCACAAACACGAGACGGCAGAGGAUCGAAUUUCAACCUACCAAACGCGACUGAGCCUAACUAUAUCCGAGUUCAGUUCAGAGGAUGCUGGUACAUACACCUGCAUCACCACAAAUACUAUGGGGAAAGCUGAAGGGACUAUAAGACUGUAUGAAAUCAAGGUUACGACAACAACAACGACGACGACGACGACAACAACCACCACCACCACGACAACAACAACGACUACAACUCCGCCUCCGACUACAACGGAGUAUACGCCACCACCACGAUUUGUGGUGCCACUGCAGCCAGCAGAACAAAAGUUCUUCACGCCAGAUGUUACGACAUACGAUACGAUGCAAAAUGUAAUAGAACAGUCCGUCCUGGACAACCAUUGGCUGCCGACUGCAGAAUCGACGGGGUCCAGCGGCUAUCAAGCCUUGCCUCUCCCCACUCUCGCUCUAAUCUCAGUGUUGCCACACCUAUCAAACGUAUUUACUACUAUAAGUACCCUCCUAAAUACUUUUAGAAAUAUUGAAUUAUUUGCACAAUGUAAAAGAUGAUAGGUUUAUAUAUGUUUUAUGUUUAUGUUUUAUUAAAAUUUAUGACGGCAAUGCCUACAUCGAUUAUGCAAAUCCAGUUGGAUGCUUUUAAAAUAUUGUAAUUAUAUUCAGUACAAGUAAAAUAUUGACUGUGACAAGAGACAUGAUGAUGAAAACGGGUAAAUUUUACUUUUUAUGACUUCCAAAAUUCCAAAUUAGAUUUCAUUUCCAAUUUUUUUUUAUUUGAUUAAUAGUUUAAAUCUGUCGAUUUUUAAAGUUACGUGGGGGAAUCACUCAUAUUACAUAAUCCAUAUUACUUAUAAAAUUUUAUUUCUUUUUUAAUAAGUUAUAUUUAUAAGUUAGUAAUCGGUAAAUUUAAUUCAUACAAUUGCAAAAUUACUUUUUUCUUUCAUUCAAUGGCACUAAAUUGUUAAAUCGACCCGUCAAAUUAUAUCCCGAACUGGUUGUAUGAAGUAAAUAAGUAAUCUAAAAUAGUUUAACUACAAUACAGGCCGUUUUUUAUUGUUUCGGUACUUAAAUAUGUUCAUUUUGUACACACCAUAGUUUUCAGUAUUGUAUUAACUUUAUAAUAAUGAAUUAAUUAAUCAUACAAAAGCAUAUCAAAAAUGUAUAAAUAGACGCCGCAGUGUAAAUAUAAUGGACGUAAACAUAAUAAGAGCCAAUUAAAGAUUGAUUAACAUUUUAGACUAUACUUUAUAAAAUAUAACUUGAGUCCUAUGACAGCAGGAUGAACCGGUACAUUCGAAAUGGGAGCGACAGAGACAGAUGUAUUAUUUUCAUAUUAUUUGACAUCUGUCAUGGGAAUCAAAUUGUUCACUUUCUUAAGUCUUCGUGUUGCAAGGGUCAACAGACGAUUUUUAUAGAAAGCCGUGCUGUGGCGCCUUGUGAGAAUAGCUUAAAUCGGUUUUGUUUGGAAUAUUAAUUUGUUGCAUAUAAAUAUGAUAUAGCUAAAGUAUGGCAAAAUAGGUUAAGUGCGUGAAAUUAAAUCUAGCAGUGGUUGUAAUAAUUUAUUCAGUCGUAAUUUAGGUAGGAAUUGUUUUGUAAAUUAACCCAGAUUGAUACCUAUCUGAUAGGAAUUAUGAUUACUUUAAUACAAAAUUGACGAUAAUU